GUUGUUCGUCGGGCUCGCUCGUGGCGCACACGCUUGUCCGUGGGCAUCGACCACCGGAUUUUUCUGGACCACCCGAGGUUCUUGGAAGGAUUGGACGUACAGGAACGGCAGAGAAAGACAGAGCGCCUCACGUGCCUACCGUGGACCAGGUCCAGGGGUGGGUUGGCAGGUUGCUGAGACUGAGAGCACGGGACCGUGAAGGCGUGAACCGAGCCCACCCACCAACCAAAUUCCGCGAGACCGCGACUGCUUCUCCAUCCUUCCACGAACUAGACGAGGGAAGAGCGCUGAAGCUGUGGAGGAAAACGAAGGAUCUCCCCGUGCUUGUGUAUGCCAGGUCGCCUGCUCUCCGUCCGCAUCCCGUCCCUCGCGAAACUCGGCGCUCCCAGCAGGUGUGCAAAAUCCAUGGCUUCAGACACUGGCAAGAAGCUCAUCCAGAUCGAUGUGAGCUCGGACACAGUAUGCCCUUGGUGCUUUGUCGGCAAAAAGAACCUCGAGAAAGCGAUGGAGCAAAGCAGGGACAAGUUUGACUUCGAGGUCCGCUGGCAUCCGUUCUUUCUAAACCCUGAUGCGCCUAAGGAGGGCGUCAGGAAAUCUGACUUCUACAAGGCGAAGUUUGGUCCUGUUCAGUAUGAGCGUGUCAUUUCUCGCAUGGCCGAGAUAUUUCGAGGACUCGGGCUUGAGUAUGACAUGUCGGGGCUGACAGGGGAUACGAUGGAUAGUCAUAGGCUCAUAGCACUUGCUGGACACCAAGGCUAUGACAAGCAAAAUGCUCUUGUUGGAGAAUUAUUCCUUAAUUACUUUUGUGAAGGAAAGUAUAUUGGUGACAAGCAGGUUUUGCUGGACGCUGCAAGAAAGGUGGGCAUAGAAGGGGCCGAAGAACUGUUUCAAGACCCUACCAAAGGAGUCGAUGAGGUUCAGGAAGAACUCAAGAAGUAUUCAUCUGGCAUCUCCGGGGUACCACAUUUUGUGAUCAAUGAUAAAUAUCAACUCAGUGGUGGCCAGCCUCCAAAUGUAUUCAUGAGGGCGUUUGAGAUGGCUGCAAAAGAUGGAGCUUAAUGGCAUUUAAAAGGAGCUCCUCCAGUAGUCUUCGCAUAUGUUAAAAAGGAAUAGGAGCCGAAUUUAACAAUAAAGUUCCAGCACAGCUCAUCGCUGAUUUGCGAAAAAUAUGUGGAAUCAGUUGUAUUUCCGUAGUUCUGAUAUGGUGAUAAUUAGUGGUGAAGAUGGUGUGGAUGUUCACUUUCGAAUAAAAUUCUAGGCGAUCGGAUAUGGCAUAUGGGUUAGAAUGCCCCAUCAUCAGAGCCCGGUCUGUAUUUACAUUUGGUUCGAUAGGAUGUGUGCAAGAUAUCAGAAAACAACAAAGUUCAGAUUUGAUAUUCGAAAGGAAUAAAAAAAAAGCUAGCAUACACAGCUGCAUUUAGAUU